AUGGGUUUGUUCUUCUCCAAGAGAUAUGACCCCGUUCGCGACGUCGGUGAUUUGAGAGGCAAAGUGGUCGUGGUAACCGGAGGCAACUCCGGUAUUGGACUACAAACUGUGAAGUUCCUCGCAAGAGCAGGCGCCAAAGUCUACCUUGCCGCUCGAAAUGAGGCGAAAGCGGCGGCGGCCAUAGAACAAUUGAAGAAAGAAGGGUUAAGCUCGAAGGGCGGGGAAGUGAUCUGGCUGAAGCUGGACUUGACGGACCCUGCGCUGACGAAGGCCGCCGCGGAGGAGUUGCUGGCAAAGGAGAAGCGGUUGGAUAUUUUGAUCAACAACGCUGCCCUUAUAAUCCACCCCUACGUGCAAACGAAGGCCGGCUACCAGGAGAUUAUGAUGGCCAACCUCAUAGGACCGGUCAUCUUCACGCAGUGCCUCUUGCCGCUACUCAAGUCUACAGCACAAGAACCAGGCGCAGACGUCCGCAUUGUUCAGCUCUCCUCUGACGCUCAUCGCAUGGUCUACAACUGCAAAUACGCACCCGAAGACUUCAACGACGAAUUCAAGAGCUCCAUCCUGCCACAGAUGGCCCGCUACGGUUAUUCCAAGGUCGUGUUCUUGCAGUACACGGCCGAAUUGCAGAAACGGCUGACCGCCAAGGGCAUCCCCAUCAUAUGCCUGUCCGUACAUCCCGGGAUGGUUGAGACCCCGAACGUAAUGAAAGAUUGGGCGGAAUGGCACCUCGCCUGGGUUCCGAAGCUCUUCGGCACUUCUCCAGACACGGGAUGCCACACCAGCUUGUUUGCGGCCACUGCGCCCAUCGUACGUGCUGAGGCAGAGAAAUACAAGAAUUCCUACCUGACCCCGGUCGGAAAAAUUGUGGAGCCAAGCAACGAAGCGCGGAAGGAGGACGCCAGGAUUCAGGUAUGGAACAGUUUGCAGACUAUCUGCAAAGACCUUGGCGUUCCAGUGGCAGAUAUAUGA